AACUGUGUACAGACGUACAAAGCUUUGGUGCCAAGCUGAUGAGCGACUUUAGAAGUGUACUAUAAUCCUUUGAAGGAACAAGUACCAUGGCGUUCACAAUUCUGGGGGCAUGUGCAGCAUUGUCAAUAGCAAUACUAAUCUGGGCCUGGUUUGGGAUGCGACAACCAAAAUUCCACCAAGGCAAAAAUCUUCCAGGGCCAGUGGCCAUUCCAAUACUCGGAAGUUUACCCCAUUUGGUUUGGAAGUUGGGGAAGAAUCCUCUGCAACUUUCGUCAUUUCAGUUGUUGUUGGAACUCAGAAAGCAUUUUGUAGGCGAAGUGCUUGGGCUCACCUUAGGGCAGAACAAAUUCAUAAUUUUGGACGAACUUCCCCUCAUUAAAAAAGUUCUGUGCUCUGAAGACUGGGCUGAUCGAAUUAAGGACAACGCAAUGUUUAAAGAACGUACUUUUGGAAUUGAUUAUGGUUUACUGACAUCAAAUGGUGACAGUUGGCGAGAAAUGAGACGUUUUUUAGCAAAAACUAUGGUCAAGUUUGGCUUUGGUAGAGGAAGUGCGCUGCAAACGAGGCAGGAGGAAGAAAUUAGUGAAUUUUUUAAGUAUUUUGACCAAAAAUAUCCUGGAAUGGGCAAUUCAGAUGGAGCAGUUGUAGAAAUGCAAGGAUUGUUUAACGUUGCACCUCUGAACAUACUCUGGACAAUGGUUACCUCAUCAAGGUUUCCAUAUAAUUCGGAGAAAGUGGUCGAAUUGACUUCGCUUCUUGAGCGGAUGACGAAAGACAUCCAUCCGAAAGAGAUGGGCUUCCUUGCUUUUCCGUGGCUUCGUUAUAUCCCAGGCGCCACAGGAUAUACCAGAUUUAUGAGAGAUGCGAAAAUGUUGAAUCAAUAUUUUGGGGAAUUGAUAAAAGAGCGUCGGGAACUUAACCUCUAUAAAAGAGAACAAAACAACUUUGUCGAUGCGUUCUUGGCAGAGAUUGACCACAUCACCUCCAGUUCAACAUCGCCAGAUUCUAAUUACCACUACGCAGAUGAACAGUUGAUCUGCGUAUUGGUUGAUUUGUUUGUCACUGGGUUUCUACCUAUUGCGUCGUGUCUCGAGUACCUCGUCAUGUUUAUGAUUCUUCACCCCCACGUCCAAGAUAAGUGCAGAAAGGAGCUGGACAUUGUGCUAGAUGGUUCCAAGCCCACUGUGAUUAACAACCCUGAAUGUAUGCCAUACAUUUCGGCUACGAUAGCAGAAACUCUACGAAAAGUCACACUUAUUCCGUUGACAUCCCGAGCUGCGACAAAGGACACGUGGGUGGAUAAGUAUUUCGUAGAGAAAGGAACCGUUGCACUGAUAAAUUUGUACCAUGUUCAUCACAAUGACAAUGUUUGGAACGAGCCUGAUCUAUUUAAACCUGAGAGAUUUUUGGAUGCUAAUGGGAAGCUGAUAAAUCAGGAACUGAUACUCCCGUUUGGUACUGGAAAAAGAACUUGUCCCGCAGAAGUGUUUGGUCGCCUCACAAUUUUUGCAUUUUUUGUGAGUUUUCUACAGCGUUACGAAUUCCGUUCGGAUCCCGAAAAUUUUGGAGAUAUAGAUUCCACACCCAAUGCAGGAAUGGGAAAUUAUCCAAAGCCAUUCAAAAUUUUUAUAAAAAUCAAGUGAUUGUUGAAAAAUGAAAAACUAUACUUUUAAUUUGCUGAAUUACAAAAUAAA